AUGCUUUCCAUAUCAUUACUGCAUAUUCAACAUUUACAUAUUACCGUAUAUUUAUUAUUUGGUAUACCUUUAUUACUUAUUACAAUAUUACUACCGGAUGGUAUUGUGGGACAAAAUUUAGCAAAAUCACGAUCAGUAUGGGUUGAACAAGGUUUAUUACUUGGUAAAAUUUACAAAUUAGCUGAUAAUUAUGUUCAAAUAUUUCGUGGUAUACCGUAUGCUGAAGCACCCAUUGCAAAAUCACGAUCAGUAUGGGUUGAACAAGGUUUAUUACUUGGUAAAAUUUACAAAUUAGCUGAUAAUUAUGUUCAAAUAUUUCGUGGUAUACCGUAUGCUGAAGCACCCAUUGGUCAAUUACGAUUUAAGCGUCCGGUAAAACGAGCACGAUGGCAUCAGGAAUAUGCAGCACUCGAUUAUGGUGCACCAUGUUUACAAUUUAUGGAAUUUCAUAAAAAUGAUAAAUUUGCUGGUUCAAAUAUGCAAAAUGAAAGUGAAGAUUGUUUAUUUCUUAAUGUUUUCACACCAUAUGAUCCGGAAGAAGAAUCAAAAUUGCAUCCAGUUAUUGUAUGGAUUCAUGGUGGAUCAUUUUUAGCCGGUUCCGGUGAUACCGGUAUUGAUAUGGAAGUAAUCACUAAACAUUUCACAUCAAAUGGUGUUGCAUUGAUAACACUUAACUAUCGACUCGGACUUUUGGGAUUCAUGAAUUAUAAGAAUAACGAUCAUAUAGAAGGUAAUUUUGGUAUUUGGGAUUUGGUAAUGGCACUGGAAUGGAUUCAAACAAAUGUUAAACAAUUAAACGGUGACCCAACAAAGGUUACAGUUAUGGGUGAAAGUGCUGGUGCAGCUGCUGCUUCUGUACUUGCAGUAUCACCGAAAACUAAAGGUUUAUUACAUCGAGCAAUCAUGUUAUCCGGUUCUUCAACUGCUGGUUGGGCAAUACAUCGUUUUGGUCAACCGGCAUGGAGUGUUAAUAAUAUUGUAUCAUAUAUUAAUUGUCAAAAAGAAUUAGAUAAACAAAAAAUACAGCCAUUGUUAAAAGCAUCCGGAUUACCAAUUAUCAGUGAGGAAUGUAAUAUGCAAGAACAAAUACCGGAAUGUUUAGGUAAUAGCGAAGGAAUGAAUAGUAUCGAAUUGGUUGAAUGUUUUCGAAAUGAACUCAAUCUUUCAUCAUUUUCAUUUCGUUAUGCACUUGCUACUGAGCUAGGAGUAUCGAAAAUGAUUGUUGAUGAUGAAUUAAUACCACAAUCUGGUGCUGAAUUAAUUAGUAAUAAUGCACGAGUACCGAUCAUAAUUGGUGUUGCACAACAUGAAUGGGCUCAUAAGAAAGCUCAAGAUUAUGGUUUAAAUGAAUUCAAAAAUAUUUCAAUUGAGGAUUGUAACAGUAAUAUACGUAAAAUUAUCAAUGAACAUUAUCAUACUGGUUGCGCUAAAAAACUUCAUGAUUCAACAUUGGAACUUAUCGCAAAUGCUAGCUUUUUAAGAUACAUUGAUACACCAGAAAAUAAUCGUACCUUAAUACGUGUUGUAUAUGGAUUACAAGAUGUAUGA